AGAAAAAGAAAAAUGAUUAAUUAUUACUAUAUAAGGAAAUAACUCAACGAACUUUUCAAAAUGAAAAAAACGACUCAACUAUGGUGGUGGAACGGAGGGAAUAGUCAUUAUGAAUCAUUAAGAUAUAAUUAAAAAAAUUUAAUGCUAACUACAAAUUACUAAACCCCCUCAAGUUUUUUGCUAAACCCUCAUUGAUCCGAUGGUUAAACCCUUCAUAACCAUUUAUUAUAAAAUCACACCUAAAAGCAAGACAAGAGGACUUCCAUCUUCUUUGUAAUUCUUUACUUUCUUAAGAAGCAGAAACAAAGUGGGAAUCUCUUCAUGCAGCUUUAAUAAGCCAUCCUUUUUCCCUUACACACAACAAUACUCUUUCUUAAUCCAAUAUAUUUAACCCAUGCAUCUCCUGUUUCAGCUAUCUUUCCAUUUUCUGCAUAAUUAUAUUUACAGACAGUCCAUGUCUUUGAGCCCUCCAAGAGCCAACGGCAAUGCUAGCUUCAACCUCUACUGGUGUUACCAGUGUCAUCGGACUGUCAGGACCGCGUCCGAUGACCCAUCCAGUAUCGUCUGCCCCCGGUGCCUCGGCCAGUUUCUCUACGAAAUCGACAUGGCAAGGCCUCAACCCAUUCUUGAAAUCACCGCAUUUGAUCCCUCCCCGGAGGCACGAAUUGUCGAAGCACUGGCCCUCAUGCUUGAUCCUCACUCACUUACAGGCCAAACACGGGGACUUGGGCGGCGAAGACGAAGUCAUAGGGAGCCAGAAGAGGCAGGAAACCGAAGAUGGUUCCGGAGGAGGCGUCCUUCGAUCGAUGAGGAGGACGAUGACGAUUGGGGUCCGGAAAGCGGGAUUAUAGCCCGGCCCAGAGCCUGGAUUGUUCUCCGGCCCACUGGCCGUAUCCCUGCAAACAGAAACAGGCCGAGGGAAAGGCUAAUCCCACAGGGAGUAGACCCUAGAAACUACUUCACCGGGCCGGGACUGCAAGGGCUAAUCGAGGAGAUAACUCAGAACGACAGGCCCGGCCCGCCACCAGCUCCAGAUUCAGCUAUUGAUGCUAUUCCAACAAUUAAAAUUGCACAAACACAUCUGGAGACAGACACGGAAUGCCCAGUUUGCAAGGAAGAAUUAGAAGUUGGGUUGGAAGCAAGACAGUUACCAUGCAAACAUAUCUUUCAUUCUGACUGCAUUGUUCCAUGGCUAAGGCUCCAUAAUUCUUGCCCAGUAUGCCGUCAUGAAGUCGAGAUUCCUAACCAAACUUGUGAGGAUGAAUCCAGCCAAGUUUCUGUUGAAGACAGGAGGUGCCCACAGCUGAGGCGGCUGGCAGGCAUGUGGCCGUUCCGCUCCAGAUAUCGGCCACUUCGCCCACGUGGAGAUGGUCCCAGACAUCACAAUGCAGCUGAAACAUGGAGGUGUAAUAUAAUGUAGAGCACACAGCAAACAGACACAAGAUGGAUGUUACUUACCAUGGUUCGGGUGUUCAAGAUCAGCAGUGAUGAUGUAUUAUAGAAGGCAACAGGAAACUUAAAAUUAAGAAUUGUCGUCAUAUAUCUGAUUAAAUAAUCACAUCACUCGAGUCAAAUUGCAUACGAAAAAAUGAAACCAAACAUUUCUGUUCACAUUUCACCAGUUAGCUUUUCCUCUGAUGAUUGGUUUCUAUGCAUUUUCUAUGAAUGUGGACAACUUUACAUUCUCUUCGGCUGAUGAUGAAUACCAGCUUUGAAGCCUUCUGUA